GGCUAAGACCAUAGCCACAUAUCGUCGGGUGUUGGAAUGGAUUUGCAACACGCUGGAAUGAAAUAUUGCGAUUUAUGAUAGAAUUUUAACAUUUUUACAGGUUAUUUCGUAAAAUAGUUUGCUUCACAAAAUAUUGAAUCAUGGCAGAAGAUGAAGCGAUAUUCGACCCAACUUUGUUGAAGAAAAAAAAGAAAAAGAAGAAGUCCCCAUUCGAUUUGGAUGCCGCUUUGGAGGGUGAAUCAACACCCAGUGAGCCAACACCAGCUGUUGCCCAGGAAACUGUUGAUCCAGCACCUGAAGAAAUUGUUCCAGAAAAGAAAGAGGAUGACCUAGAGUUAGACAUGGAAGAACUGUCACUGAAGAAAAAGAAGAAGAAAAAGAAGAAAACUGUUAUAAUGGACGAUGUUGGCGAUACAAUUGAGGAGAUGGAAGGAAACAAAGAGAAUGCUCCAGAUGCAUCUUCGGAGGCCCCAGCAGCUGAUGAUGACACUGUAAAUAUGGAAUUCACCGGAAAGAAGAAAAGGAGAAAAAAGAAAGAUGGAAAAGAUCAUUCAGAACCAAGUAUCAUAGACACAACAGGUGGUGAUAAUAUUAGCAAGGAUACAAGUGGAACAGCAUGGGCAGGGACGGAAAGAGAUUACACAUAUGAAGAGUUAUUGACCCGUGCUUUUGACAUAAUGAGGGCCAAGAACCCAGACAUGGCAACGGGGGAGAAGAAGCGAUUCGUCAUGAGGCCACCACAAGUGGUUAGAGUUGGUACAAAGAAAACUUCAUUCGUCAAUUUCUCAGACAUGUGCAAAAUGCUUCACCGACCCCCUGAACAUUUAUUAGCCUUCUUGUUAGCCGAGUUGGGAACAAGUGGCUCGAUUGACGGACACAAUCAACUUAUCAUCAAAGGACGAUUCCAGCAAAAACAGAUUGAAAAUGUGCUUCGGAGAUAUAUAAAGGAAUAUGUAACGUGUCAUACCUGUCGUUCAUCAGAUACAUUUCUUCAUAAAGAAAAUCGUUUAUUCUUUUUGCAAUGUGAAAGAUGCCAGUCACGCUGUUCCGUACAGAGCAUCAAAUCCGGUUUCCAAGCCGUUACAGGCAAACGUGCUCAGCUCCGUGCGAAAGCAAAUUAAACAAGCUAACAGACCAUUCUCAGAUGUCAUCAAGAUCGCUUCUUUUCUCUAUAUUUUAAUCAAUUUCAAUUUUUGGUGGGCGAACAUAAUGGGACUUUUUAAAACUUCUUUUAUUGGAUGAAGGUUGGAUGGCCAUCAUUCAAUUCCACUCUGUGUCAGUAAACAGGUCAUUUUGACCAAAUUCCAGAAGAAUGAAUAGAGCAAUUCACUAUUACUGCUAGGGUAUGCUAAAAUCUCUGGAGGAAGUCAACAAUAUCUGAUAAUCUCAUGUAGUGCUUACCAAUAAACUAAAUUUUGAUGGAAAUGAAGCCAA